UUGGGCAUCUGUGUGGACACAACGAGAGGAAGAAUCCAGACGGAAAGAUAGUCUCAUUGAAAAAAAAGGGGAUAAAGAUUUGUGGAUUUCUUAAUAAUAAUUUCCUUCACACUUACUGUUGUCCUCGGAUAUCUCUGCAAUUUCCUGAACAACAGGGGUCAAAUGUGAAGGUGUGUUUUUUCUCCUCAAUUUAGGUUUUCACGCUAUAACAAAUCAAAUGUUUGAGGAGCUAUUCCCCUGAGUGAACCAUUUGUGUCUCUUUUUAAUCAUUUUCCUUUCAGGGUGUCCAUCUCACUGUCCGCACUACCAGUAUGCCUCUGCUAGUGUUGAAGUGCAUGCUGCUGUGUGCUCUGAUGCACAGAGCGGUGUGUCUCUGUAUACUGAACAAUCACACCUUAUGGAUUGAGAGUCGCGACUGUGCCCAGUGUGUGGCCAUCAACACCACCAUCUGCAACGGCUACUGUUACACAAAGGACACUAAUUUGAAGGGACGUUUCGGGAGGAAGUUCAUGAUCCAGCGCAGCUGUGUGCCUCUCUCCCUGGUGUACCGGGCCGUCCGUGUGCCGGGCUGCCCCCCGGGUGUCAACCCGCAGGUGUAUUAUCCUGCUGCCCGCCGCUGCAGCUGCAGGCGCUGCGACACGCGCACGCACCACUGCGUGCGCACCAGCCGCGUCCCCACCGACCGGUGCUCCGUGACCCUCGACGUGGUGAAGAACCAGACGGAGCCCUCCGUGGGAACCCGACAAAAUGUUAACACGAGCAAUGCACAUGCUUGACAAAUGCCAUGGACCAGAAGGGCUUGUUGUCGUUAUUGUUGUGCAUUUCUUUUUCUUUUCUUUUCUUUCUAGUUAAGGAAUGUCACGGCUCAAUAAAGCCCCAUGUUGAACAUGCAUCGUAACUUCACUGUGAAAAUUGUAUACAUUAAAGAAACUAAAUAAUUGUAGGCUGUGGAAAUAAAUAAUACCUG